AUGCAUGUAUUGGGAGAAGAAAAUUUAUCAAAAGAAAAUAACGAAACAAGUACGCUUUUGCAAUAUGAAAAGGAAAUGGACAUUGAUGAUACAUCAACUGGAUAUGGAAGUGAAAGUUCAAUUCUCACCGAACAUUGCAGUUUGCCAAACAUUUUAGAAUCCGGAUGUAUAAAAACACAUACUGGUAACUCAUUUCCAGUUGUCAAAGGGAAUUUAACUUUACCUGAUGAAACGCCGCAUUCUAGUGUCUCUGUCAAAUAUGAAAAGAAGUCUGAAACACUCGAUUCAUUCAUUGCUAAAGAGAAGGUUGCGGACAAUUGUGUUGUAGUUAAGACGAAAAUAUCGGUUUUGCAAUCUCCAAAUAAGAAUAUCGACCAGGGGGGUUGCUCUACAAUAGCUGAGAAUUCCAAUGGCGUUAGCGUUUUAGAAGAUACAAAUCUUGAAAUAGAACGACUGGACUGGUCACGUAUAUUUUGCUUUCUCAUCAAACAAAUAGAUCCAAAAAUCUACGAAUUAUUUUUUACUAUUCUUCUUGAAAACGCAGGGGCCAGGAAUGUCAACAAUAUAAUUGAAUCAGUCAAACGGGAAACAAAUUCUGUAAUGAGCACAUUGUUUGAAUUGUUUAAACGCUGGAGAUAUGGAGCUGGUUCGUCUGCAAAGCCGAAGGAUAUUGAAGAGGUGUUUGAAACUCUUGAGUGGAACGCCCAGCUUAAAGAGUUUCGAGAAUUCAUGAGGAAUCCACCAUAUUUGCCAGAUAACAGGAGCUGGAUUAAUUUCAGCAUUUCGGACUGUCGGCCUGUGGAAACUGGGCAAAUGUUCCUCCAACAGCCCCAAUUAUUUCAGAUACAAGAUUCAGAAGGACGAUCUCAAAUCAGAGAUCUUUCACUGCAUUCUGAAAGAAUAGAAGAAAAUGUUUCUGUAACAAACAUAAAUAAUGACAGAGUAUAUAAAAGUCAUCGGAAUAUACGACGGAGAACAUGCCAUGAUGACUCUAAAGUAAAAUACAUAAAACAUGACGUUACGUCCAGUUCUUUAACGGCUGGCCGUGUUGUUUUCAGCUCUGGUUAUGGUUCUCUGCAAUCAACUAAUAACGGUAUAACAUCAUUCUUAAAUGUAUCAAAUCAUACAUGUGAUGAAGGUUUACCUGAAAGUAUAUCAAAGCCUGAAAGCAGUGAGCUUUUAAGUAAACCGUUAAGUUUUUCAGAGAAUGACAACCGUCAGUGCCACAGACAACCCCGUUCAGUAAACAAGCUAACUAUGAAGUGCAAAUCGACAGGUAAACGUUGGAAUGUUUGUCCAAUUCCAAGGAUUAAAAAAAAUCAAAAUCGACCGAAACAAGAAGCUGGCGAUAAAAUUCGUUUAAAACGAGACGGAGAAACGAUAUUCAAGAAAAGGCGGAAACAAAAAAGGUGUAAACAAAAUAAUUUAUUCUUAGAUGUUGCGGUGACUGAAGUUUUUAUUGAUGAUUUACUUGAAAGACUGACGCCAAAAAGGGAAGAUGUUCUAUCAUUAAGAUUUCAGGCCUAUAUAGACGCAGACUGUUUAAUUACAUCAUGGAAUGAAAAAAUCUUCGUUAUAUCUUCCAAAAGGCAAUCUAUGUUAGUAAGGGAAAAUGAAUGGAAUACUAUAAGAAAUUAUGUAAACAAAGUAAGGAAAUUAUUGUUGUCUAAAUUACGGAACAAAUCUUACAAGGAUGAUGCUUUCUUAUUUUUAAACACAAAUGGCAAGUAACUUAUUUAAUAAAUUGUUCUGUAUAAAAAUUAUAACGGCUUGAGUACUGCUCAAUGAUCACUUGUUUACUGAAAUUAACACUGUAUUAGUUAUUUUCUAUAAAGAUAUGUCUCACUUGUCUUGCAAAUAAUUUGUUUCGAAAAUACUGAACUUUAUAUUAAGUUAAUAACAUUUUAAAUUAACUCAAACUAAUUAAGCAAGGAAUGGCAGUCCACUUGUUGAUCUUGCCUCAGCUCUGAUUGGUGAUUGGCGCAGUAAAGAAAACAGUUGGCAAAUGAAAUUAAUUCUAAGUUGCAAAUAGUUUUAUAUGAAAACAACAAUCGUUUCAAAACUAACUGAGAAAUCAUACACUUAAUUUUAUUUUGAUUCUGAGUUUUGCAACUUUUAUUCUGUAUUUAAGGAAGCGAUUGUCUGUGGAUGCAUUUCUUGAUACAUUUGUCCUGUCAGUGCAUAUUAUUCUAGGUACAAAUAGUCAAGAUCGUAUCAGAAAUUUAAAUUUGAAUUUUCAUGAUUUACUAUGCUCAAAUUUAAUGUUUGAAAUAUUGAUAAAUGCUACACAGUAUCAUUGUAAAUAUAAAAUGAACAUGUUUCGACUUCAUUCAAAGUAGGUAUGCCAUGUUUUAAACUCUAUGCACUCUAGGUGGUCACAUUUUGAAUACAUAAAGUGUCAUUAAAAAAACUGGCAGUUUUUUUUAAAGAAAAGACCAGCUUUACUUGGGCUGUAAUAGGAAAUGCAGCUUCUUAGACAUAGUUUUCACCCUCUUUUAAUCAAAUUAAACAUAUUCAGUAAUGAUUUCAUGGAUUAUAAUAUGUUUCUGCGAAAAGAAUAUUUAACUAAAAAAUGAGCAUAGUAUAUCUUUAUAUCAAUAUUGUUUUGCAAAUUUGCUUCAAUAAAAUUUAGAUGUGGCGUAGCCCCUGGUCGUCUACAGAUAAGGCGUUAUAUGUACAAAUUUACAUUCAAUGCUUCCUCCUAUCUGAUGAAUAAAUUAUAAUUUUCUCUGCCUAAUCCCGUUUAGAAGUACUUGAAAUUAGAACAAACAGUUUAUUUAAAAAAAAUGCUUUGUAAAAAGUGGAAUACUAGUUGUACAUUACAUAAUUAUAGAU